UUCGGGAUUUAGUGGAUUUGUCUGUCAGAAGGUCAGCGUGGGAUAAGAAGAUGCCAUUUCCCGAUGUCCUCUUUCAGUUUUUAGCGAUAAACGAACUAAUUAAGCUGCGAAAUCACGCGUUGGUUACGUCGUCGCUGGAGGAUAAACUUUUAUAUGGAUUUUAUGCGCAGCAGUGAUUUGUAAAGUUAAAUAUUGACUUUCUGGUGCUCGAAUAAUUUCGUUGAAACGGGUUAAACGUGGUAAAACACUCACAUUUUCCCGUUUAAAAAAAAAUAAAAUAAAAAUCUUUGUAACGUUUUUCGUGCGCCACGUUAUCCAAAAACUAACCGACACUUUGACGCGUAAGGAGAGGAUGCUAACGCCUGACUACGCUAGCGACUUUCUCAGUUUUCUCAUGUUUAAAUGAGCAGAAAAGAGCAAUGAUGAUCUCCGAGGACAGAAGCAGUCCCGUGAAUAAUAAACAAAGCCUGAACCUGUCCGUGGGGCUGCUCAUUCGCUCCCCGAAGAGACGCCUCGCCAAACUGGGACGAAAGCCCAGCAAUGGAUCCAUGCAAUCCACCCAGUCUGACAGCACCGUUCGCUCGUCGGAGAGCGUGGGGGUCCGGCAGCCCGCCAAAAGCAAAAUCCGUCGCCACAACAACCGCCUCUCCAGCGUCUUCGGCCAUAGCCCAAACCUGCGGGACUCCAGGGCAGCUCGCCGGGGCAAGCUGCCGGACAGUGGCAGCCUCAGCGGGGACCUGCCCACCGUCGACGACCCAUCCGAACUGUCCCACCAGAAAUCAGCUCCUGGGAUUUUGAAAAUUUUUGGCAGCGAUAUCUGUCACGGGACACACUACAAAAGUGUCCUGGCUACGAUUCAGUCAGAAGCUAAGGAGCUGGUGAAAGAGGCGCUGGAGAGAUACUGUUUGGAGAAAGAGGACCCUGGGAACUACGUGCUGUGCGACGUAAUUGGUCGGACCGUGGAGACCCAGUGGAAGAGGGAGUGCUUCCGUGUGGUCGCCGACUCGGAGAAGCCCCUCCUCCUUCAGUCGCUGUGGAAACCUAAAGACGGCUUCUCCCGACGCUUUGAGAUCCAGCGCAGAGCGAGCGUGGAGGAGCUGAGCCUGAGGAGCACAGACACGGUGACGGCAGGUCUAAACGCACAGGUCCGCAGGCUGCAGAAGACCCGGUCGCGCGUGGCCUCUCUGUUUGUGGACGGGAGCGGCGAUGGCGUGGACGGGUUGGGUUUGUGGAGGAGCCUCAGUGACAUGGAUGUAUCGACCAUGGGGAAAGAGGCGCUCCGAGCCCAGCAGAACCAAAACCAGCUCAGGGAGGAACAGGAGGCAGAGGCCGACAAAGAGGAGCUCAGACUGGGACAGGAGAAGGAGGAGACGGAGAGCAGUGACGAUAACACCACCCAAUACUCCAUCCACCCGCCUUUCGACUUCCCCUACUUUUUACUACUGCAGGGAUACAACCACAGACAGGAUUUCGUGAUCUACCUGAUGAGCGGCACCACCACCAUCUUCGGCUGCUGUCAGGAGCACAGUAACGGGGAGGACGAAGAGCGCCUCAAGGUCGACAUUUUGUUAUUCGCCCCGGACGUUUUUCCACAACACUGCUGCGUGCGAAGACUGGACUGUACCAACCACACCUCCACGGGGGAGUCCAAAAAAUCAACCUCCACUAUGCUUAAACCUUUACAUGGCGCCCCCGUAACUCGAAACGGCUUCCUUCUCAAAGAUGAGGUUGAGUUAAGUCCAGGCGAUCUCGUUGGACUGGGAAAGCAUUAUUUGUUUAUGUUUAAAGACCCAACGAGUCCUUCCACAUCUCCGCAGACUCCACCGUGGAUGACUAAACUAUGCCCCAAUGCCGAUCCCAAAAUAUCUUGCUUUUCUUACGAUUCAUCCCAAAAAGUACCGACCAAAUCUUUCGCACCACGUUGGCGAGACUUGGAGGGGACGGAGGCGACGCUUAGCUACGAGUUACACCAGGAAGAACUGAUUUUGGAAAAGAUUUUGACAAUGUUGGACCCCAGCGGAAGCGAACCAAAACUAACCCCUGCGUUCCUGCUGAGUUUGUGUAUACAGCAUUCUGCAACUACAUUUGAGCUAGCACAUUUAAGACAACUGCUUCUACGGAUAGCCAGUCAAAUCCAGCAGAUUAUGUGGGACAAGACAAAGGAGCUCGCUGCCAUCCAACCAGAAACUGAUGGUGUUGCAGAGCAGGAGCUGAGCACAGACAGUCUGAUCCCAGGAUUGAGCCCCCUGGUGCUGUGGAUGGCCAACUCCAUAGAGCUGCUUCACUUUGUCCAACAUGAAGUUCCACAGUUACUGUCAUAUAAACAAGACCAGGACGAACAAGCUCUCCUGGACUCCGAGUUGUCGUCGACUCGUGCAGCCUGUGAGGAGGCCAUGACAGUUUUGGAGGAGGUCAUCAUGUUCACCUUUCAACAGUCGGUCUAUUACAUCACUAAGAGCAUGUAUUCGGCGUUGCCCGGUCUGUUGGAGGGUAACCCGUUUUCGGACACGGGGCAGCUGAAGGUCCCAGAGGGGCUGGGUCAUGUCCUGGACGUCCUGAAGGAGGCGCUAAAGCUGCUCACGGCGUUCCAGGUCCACCCCGACAUCUCGCUCCAGCUCUGCGCCUACCUGUUCUUCUUCAUCAACGCUUCGCUCUUCAACGCUCUAAUGGAGAGAGGCUCGGAGGUCGGGUUUUACCAGUGGUCUCGCGGCGUUCAGAUCAGAGCGAACCUGGACCUCCUCAUGGACUUCACUCAGAGCAUCGGUCUGAAUGACGUCGCCGCUGAAUUCUUCCAAAAACUGUCGGCCGCUGUGAAUCUGCUGGCCACGCCCAAAGAGACCCUCCUCCAGGCGUCAUGGUCCACUCUCAGGGCUGAGUUUGCCGCUCUGAACCCAGCCCAGCUCCACCACAUGCUGAAGGAGUACAGCUCCGCCCGGACCGGCCCCCCCUCCUGGAGGCCUGCGGGGGAGGACAGGGAGGCCGCGCACAGGACAGCGGACAUCUUGGAGAGUUUUGACAACCACCCUCCUCUGAUCCUGCCCAGCGCGACCUUUAACCUGGAGCUGGGAAAGCCCAUCGUGGAGCAGGGCCUGUUUGAGCAGCUCUCAGUUCUACAGCGAUUUAUCCAACAGCUGCCAGAAAAAGACACAACCAAAACAGAGGAGGGCCAGCAGACACUUGCCGACAGCCAGUCUGCGACCCAGGCCUGUUCAGGGGCACCUCCAGAGCGGGACCAGGACUGCCCCCCUGUGGAGCCCAGCCACCCCCGCGGCCCUCACUCCGACCUGGGCAGCUGUGAGGCCGAGCUGACCCAUAAACUCAAGAGUCUGGAGAUACAGAGCUCCCUGCCUGGACCGGAAGAUCGGGGGUCCCACAAGAGUCUGGCUUUGGACCCCUCGUGUUUGCUGACCCCUCCUAACACGCCCCAGGGCAUGGAGCUGAGCGAGCUGGAGAGGGACCUGAGGGAGGAGGCCAGUCUGCAGAGGAAAGCAAAUGAAGGUGCAGAGCGGCGUGCGGAGGAGGUGGAGAGCGAGGAGGUGUUCACGGUGGAGCUGCGAAAAGGGCCUCAGGGUUUGGGACUGGCCCUGGUGGACGGCACGAAAACUCCUCUUCAGAUGAGUGGGAUCUACGUGAAGUCGGUGGUCCCAGAGUCUCCGGCUGCUCAGUGUCUCAAGCUGAGGGUCGGGGACAGGAUCCUGGCUGUGAACGGCAUCAGCCUCGUGGGGAUGGACUACAGCAUCGGGAAAGAGCUGAUCCGAUCGUCAGGAGACACACUCAAACUUCUGGUGGCCAAAAUUGACCCUAAAAUCGUCAACAAAACCACAAUCACCACCAAAUGCUGAGAAGAGGAAUGCGUUUUUCUAUGGGAGCAGAUUUCAAAACAUUUAAACUCACUUUCUAUUGGAUUUCCAAAGCCAGUAUUGUGCAACUUUUUAUUCCCAACCAAAGAUCAAUGGUUAAACUGUUUAUUUUGUGUUGUUUUUGUCAAGCAAGACAAUCAAGGGACGCUGGGCAACUCCCGGGCUCACGUCUACGGAGCAAAAACACACAUUUGUGGCCUGUGGGUCAAGCCAGGUUUAUACGAAUGACUUACUUUGCAAAAGAAAUUUUUUUUAGAGCUAUAAACAACGUCCAGCCCGGCUCCGGCCUCGUAAACUGUGGCGAGGAGGACGGAGGCUGCAAUGGUGAAACGCCGGUUUGUAACUUUGAUGCAAAAAGGGUUCAGUAUUUUUACCUCAAGACAAUGAAAAAAUUAUUCAAAUUCUUUUAGGUUACUGCUUUAAAGUAUCAGAAUAUUAUCACAAAAUGAUCCAUAUGUAACAAGUCGUAUUGUCAAAGAACGUGUUUUUAAUAUGUUGUUAAUGUUUUCUUUUAUGUACAUUUUAUUUCUGUGUGUCAUUUAAAGGUGUAGUGUGGCGUCUCCAUGGAGAUGUUGUUGCUUUGCUUGGAAUGUUCCACAGUAGGGUAUUAAAGGGCUCAUAUUACGCUAUUUUCUGAUCAGUUUUAAUGUUGUUUCCUCGUCAUAAACACACCUGGAGUUGUGUUUUGUUUUAUUUACACGUUUAACACACAAACCCUGCAGAUUUUGACUACGUUUUUCUCUCAAACAGAAAACACUCUGUUCCACCUUGUGAUGUAAAUACCACUUCAUGACAUAGACUAAUAAUAAAGGAUUACGCAAACAUGUGUGAGUGAAACAAAACACAACUCCAGGUCUGUUUUGGAGGAGGUAACAACAUUAUAACAAAACUCACAAGAGUACAUUUUGUGUAAUAUUGUACCUUUAAAUGCUAACCUGCGCAGCUCGAUGGUUUUUGGGUUAUUUGUACCUUCAUAAACUCAUGAGAAUCAUCUUUGCUCCACUGCUGCGAUGGAGCCCAAUCACAGCAGCACAGUGUGGAAAAGAAGAACCAAAAAGAAACAUGGCGAAAAUCCAGACUAUUUAACGUGUUGAGGAAGAAGCGAGAAGUGCGUUUGUGGAGGAAAGACGUCUGUGCUUUUGUCUCAACUGGAUUUAACAAAAGUUUGAUUUUUCAGCUUGUUCCACUGU